AUCAUCUAAAUUAAUAACAAUGGCGGUAAUAAAACUCUGCGAUGUGAGAUUUGUCUGAGUACAUAUGGUCUGUGUGUAAACGUUGACGGAGAGACAAUGGCGGGACUACUAAUCUGUAUAAUGGCGAUCUGUCCGUCUUUGAUAUACGGGUACCUGGGAAUUACUUAUAACUUGAAAGACUGCAAUGAAGUUCCCCCGGUCCAGUUCUGCGGUCGAGCCGCCCGGCAAAUCCCACCGAUUGUGCUCUACUUUUACCAUGCUACUUCCGGGAAAUGUGAACCGUUCUUGUGGUCGGACUGUCCCGAUUCCCACUCCAACAAUGUGUUCCCGACAAAGGAGCAGUGUCAGGACAUCUGUAAGGACCCCCUCACAGUGAUGAACCCCGGGGACGAGGACUAACGCGGGGUAGAGGCACCGCCCAGCACUACCUGGCCAUGUACACCAUAAAGCAAUAAAUUCAUACAUUUUUGUCA